UCGUUACACUCGUAUCGUUCUAUCGCAAUUAACAAUGAAAUCACAAUCGGAUUAAGCGAAGGAAAAGAUAUUUCAUUAGUAAAUAUCCUUAUUAAAUAAUUGUGUUAAUAUAUUAAAUUUAGUAGACAAUCCGUUUUAAAAGAGAAUUGUAUUUAGCAAAUAUUCCCUUGUACAUACAUACGUAGCAACCGAGUCAUCAGCUUGAAAAGUAAAAGCAUUUUGUGCAAAGGGGCGGACAGCAGCGUUGACAACGAAAAGUGCAAGACAGAAAAUUUAUUGAAAAUUCUCGAAAACAGUAAAACAGUUUUUCAUUUUGCUAUUGCUAUAUUGCUUGGUAUAGAAAGUUAAAAAAGCUCUUUGGAAAAAACUUCAAUCCCUCCAUCAUAAUAACUUAUUAAUUAGUUCGAACAAAGAAAAUGAUGGUUGAAUCCGACGGAACUGCUGAUGCCACUCGUCGUCUUAACGUCAAGAAGCAAACGCUCGAUGAUGCGUAUGCGGUGCCAGCCAAUUUUUUGGAAAUCGACGUGGUCAAUCCCUUGACAACUAUGGCGGCAGGCAAAAAACGUUAUACGGACUACGAAGUACGAAUGCGGACAAAUUUGCCAGUAUUCAAAGUGAAGGAGUCUAGUGUACGCAGACGUUACAGUGAUUUCGAAUGGUUAAGAAAUGAACUGGAACGCGAUAGCAAGAUCGUGGUUCCACCUUUACCAGGUAAGGCAUGGAAACGACAAAUGCCUUUUCGCGGUGACGAAGGCAUAUUUGAUGAAAACUUCAUCGAAGAGCGACGCAAAGGAUUAGAAGCGUUCAUAAAUAAAAUCGCUGGCCAUCCAUUGGCGCAGAAUGAGCGGUGCUUACACAUGUUCUUGCAAGAAAAUGUGAUCGAUAAAAACUACGUGCCCGGCAAAAUUCGCAAUACAUAAGAAGCGAUAGAAUAAGAUCCAAAAUGUAAAUGGGGAACGUGUGCCGAAAAAAAGUGGUUGUUACUGUUACUCGAGUUCACACAUGCUGGGGAAUCAAACUGAAUGAGAAAAAAUAUACAAAAUACGAAUAUAAAUUGGAGGAUUUAACUGCUCAGAAGGGUUUAUUUUUUCAAAUUUCGUGUUUAUACAAUAUUUAAAAUAGAUUUAAUGUAUGAAUUGUUCUUUAUAGACAUUCUACUAUAUGGAUAUACAUACAUACAUACAUACAUAUAUAUUUUCGAAUUCCCGAACUAUUUUCUCAUUAAAUAUUGUGCCGAUAAAUUAUUAAAAUAACAAAAAGAAUUAAAUAUUACUCAAGGCUUAUAAAGAUUGAAUUAUGAUGAAAAUUGGAAGACGUUAAAAAGAAUUGUUUAGUAGGGUAAGGAAACGACAAAAUAUUAUGUAUUAUUAUUCGUGCAUAAAUAUCUAAUGCGACAUGUAUUGGAAAACCGUAAUUAUUUUUUGGUAUUCGAAUAUUCCGUGUUUUGAAAAAACUUAGUUGUAUGUCUUAAGUUAUAGAACGUUUGGAAAAGCAAAUGAGUAAAUAAAUUUGAUAAUUGUACUUUUCUUCUAAAUACUUA